AUGGCGGCGGCAGCGCCGGCACGGGGUCGGGUGCUAUGCCUCUUCGACGUGGACGGGACCCUAACGCCGGCUCGGCAGAAAAUCGAGCCGGAGGUGGACGCGUUCCUGCGGGAGCUGCGGGAAAGGGUGCUCAUCGGCGUGGUGGGAGGCUCCGACUAUGCCAAGAUAGCCGAGCAGCUGGGGGACGGGGAUGAAGUCGUUGAAAAGUUUGACUACGUCUUCGCAGAGAACGGCACAGUGCAAUAUAAGAAUGGGCAGCUGGUCUCCAAGCAGGCCAUUCAGGACCACUUAGGGGAAGAGCUGCUGCAGGAUCUAAUCAACUUCUGUCUCAACUACAUGGCACUGCUGAAGCUGCCCAAGAAACGAGGAACCUUCAUCGAGUUUCGCAAUGGGAUGCUGAACAUCUCCCCCAUCGGCCGGAGCUGCACCCCGGAGGAGCGCAUUGAGUUCUCUGAGCUGGACAAGAAAGAGCGGAUCCGGGAGAAGUUUGUGGCUGCCUUGCAGAGGGAGUUUGCUGGCAAGGGCCUGCGUUUCUCUCGAGGUGGCAUGAUCAGCUUUGACAUAUUCCCAGAGGGCUGGGACAAGCGCUACUGCCUCGAUGUGCUCGAUGAUGAGAGAUUUGACACCAUCCACUUCUUUGGGAAUGAGACAAGCCCUGGAGGGAACGACUAUGAAAUCUACGACGAUCCCCGCACGGUGGGGCACAGCGUCCAGUCCCCGCAGGACACGGUGCAGCGGUGUCGGGAGAUCUUCUUCCCAGAAAGGGCCAAUGAGUGCUGA